AUGGAGAGAGCGAAGAGCGGCGGACUACCCAAUCUGCCUCUACAAGCCGUCCAGAUUUCCGAAGCUGCAAUUCAUGCGAUUGUCAAACACUCUUUACCGGAGCCGAGCGGUAACAAUAUCGUCAUUCAACCUGAAGAGUUCGCUGCAUUCAACAACCGCAUUUAUGCAAUUUCUUGUGGUCAGCCGCCCAAGAAGUAUAUCCUCAAAGUCAAUGGCCAACAUUUCGACGGCGUGAAAGCUGAGAACGAAGUUGGGUGUUUGCUCUUGAACGAGACAUAUUGCCCUAGCGUUCCAGUCCCACGAGUAGUGGCUUGGUCAACGGGUGGUAGGGUUGUCUCAAGGCGGCAUAAAGAUGGUACCAUAAUCAAGAAGAUCGUUCAGGAGCUGGACGUCGGAGUGCCAGGUUGGAUUCUGAUGACUCGCGUCGCUGGAAAACCUUUGGACAUUACAAAAUUGACGCCCGCGCAAAAGACUUCCAUCAUCGACCAACUAGUUCGCAUCACUUUGUGUUGGCGUCGGAACAUCCCCUGGUCAGUCUGGGCAGGUGAUAUCAGAUUUGAACCACACCAUUCCAAGUAUUCCCGGUACCGGCCUGCCACUAGGACGUCGUUGCCGAACCUAUCGAUAUAUGGCCUUCAAGGGAUGGGCAAAGGGAGAGCACCACCUAUGGGUACUAUGCUGAGCUACUGGCAGCUCAACCUACGCUGCUUGACCGACGAGCUUGAAAGUGAGCAAGUUUUGGUGCCGAAUCGUGAGCCCUUGUCGUCAAUACUGCACGACUGUAUUGAGAACGUUCUGCCACGUCUAUCAAUCCUCAAGCAAAACCAGACUCACGAAUUCGUGUUCACGCACGCAGACUUUGGACCUCACAACGUCCUGGUAUCGGAUUACUACCCUUCAAUUAUUACUGCUGUUCUUGAUUUCGAGUUUUGCGGUUUCUUCCCCACGUGGAGUCAAUUCUUCGCCUACGUGACGAAUGACGUUUUGUUGAAUGAGGAGGGCAAUCAGAAUCCCGACUGGCCCCCGGACAUGUAUACGAAGUACGUACAGUCACUCGCGCAGCAGGGUGUGGCUACGCCCUACGGACACGAGGCAACGAGAGAGUGGAAAGAGUUGGCAAAUCUCAUGAAGAUGGAGAUGAACAUUGCGCCGAGAUGGAUGAUGGGAGCUCAAAAGGUAGAACGCGAGGCACUUGAUAAAGCUAGGACUGCUGUUGAGGUGGCGGUUGAUCGAUUGAGGAGUCUAUCUCAGGAAGACAGUAGACGACCGUAA